AUGCCAGCUCCACGCCCAGAGCUGGAGAACCCACCGGAGGUGUUCUACAAUGCCACCGAGGCACGUAGGUACACCCUGAGUACGCGUGUGCGCAGGAUUCAGCGCGACAUGACUCUGCGUGCGCUGGAGCUGCUCAACUUGCCAAAGGAUGACGCGACAACGGCGACUGGUGUGAAUUGCUCUGCCCUGCUGCUCGACAUAGGCAGCGGUAGCGGCUUGAGCGGGGACGUGUUGACCGAGCAGGGUCACGUGUGGAUGGGCGUCGAUAUCAGUUGUGACAUGCUGCGUAUUGCCAAGGAAGAUGAGUUGGAUUACUAUGACAUGGGUGCGGCGCAGAAGACGGUUGAAACGGAGGAGGCGUUCCUAACAAGCAGUAGUAAUGCUCGGUUCGACACAAGUCAUGUAAAGUGGGGCCUUAUCGCUUCCGAGGAUGACCAAGAGGAGGUGGGCCUGUCAGGAGAGAAGAAGGGAGGCGACGGAGAGGAUGACGACGGUGCGAGCGGGGAGAGGUCUAGCAGUGCAGCGGCAGGUAGCGGCGCAGCACCAGGGCCGCACAUGGUGGAGGUGCUUCAGAACGACAUUGGCGCGGGGCUGCCGUUUCGCCCUGGCACGUUUGACGGCUGCAUCUCCAUCUCGGUGCUGCAGUGGCUGUGCCACAGCACCAAAAAGGGCGAGGUCCCACAGCGGCGGCUGAUGGCACUCUUUCAGUCUCUCUACAACGCGCUGCGUCGCGGUGCUAAGGCGAUUUUUCAGUUUUACCCGAGCGACCCUGAGCAGGUGCACCUGAUUACCCGAGCUGCCAUGAAAUGCGGCUUCAACGGUGGCGUCGUGGUCGACUUCCCCCACUCGGCACGUGCCAAGAAGUACUACCUCGUGCUGCAGGCGGGUCAGGCUCAGGGUGGGUUUGUACCGCCACCGGCUUUGACAGCUGAGGUGGAGAGCGUUAGCGACAGCGAUGAUGGCGGCAGUGAAGGCGACUCCGCGAGCAGUGGAGAGGCGUUCUACGACAGCGGAGCAAAUGGCGUUGAGAACGACGACGAACUCUACGACUCAAACAGCCGCAAACGUGUUCGUGUAGGAGGGCGGGACGUGCAGCAUAGCAGCAAGCGCGCUCGAGCGUCCUCUGCACACAGGCAAAGGCACCGUCGCAAGGACAACCGUCCUGCCACCGGCACACGCGAGUGGGUGCUGCUCAAGAAAGAGGAGCGACGCCGGCGAGGUUACCAAACCACCACCGACUCGAAGUACACGAUGCGACAGCGUAAGCCUCGGUUUUGA